UGCCUUUUGAACUUUCGGCACGCCAUGCACAGGUGUGGUGAUGUCAUAUCAGGAAGUAAAAUCUCAACAGCAAUAUGGCGACUGCCGCUGUUCCAGAGAAAGUCAGCGACGACUCCACCCAGUGUACAAUCUGUUUCUACACCUUUAAGAACCCGAAGGUUCUUCCGUGCUUGCACACCUUCUGUGAGCACUGUUUGCGGGAAUGGGUCCAGAAGAACGAUGGCGACACAUUUCCGUGUCCUAUUUGUCGUCAGCCAGUUUCGCUGCCCCAAAAUGGCGUCGAGGGUCUAAAGGACAACUUCUUUAUCGCCAGCCUGGUGAAAGCCGUGACCGAGCACAACAAGGUUCGCCAGGGUAAAGAUGAUGUCCUCUGCACCAGUUGUGAGGAAGGGAAGCCAGCCACGUCCAGGUGUUCGGAGUGUGCUGAGUUUCUGUGUGAGAGCUGUGAGUCGGCACAUCGUCUUGUAAGAGCUACCAGGGGUCACACGCUCAUAAUUUUUGAGGAACUAAAAACUGGAAAAUACGACAACGUUUUCAGGGCUAGGAAAGCUCCACCGUGCUUAAAGCAUUCCGGAGAGAUGUUGAAGCUCUAUUGUAGGACCUGUGAGACUCCGAUAUGCAACGAAUGUGCCUUGUUUGAACACAGGGACUCACAGCACGACUACGUACAAAUAGAAAAGGUGGCUGCCGAGAAGAGACAGACAAUCUUAGAUCUCACACCACAGUGUCAGGCCCGGAUGGAGUUCUUUCGUCAAACAGAAGAAGUGCAGAAACGCCUAAAGGAACAACUUCAACUAAACGCAGAGGGGGCUCGUGAGAAAGUCCACAAAACCGCACAAACUUUGAUUGAGAUGGUAAAGGAAGAGAGCGAUCGGCUUCUUAACUGUAUUGAUACAGAGGAAACAUCCAGGAAGAAACAGAUCGAUGCAGAGAUAGAGGGAGCUCAGAUCAGUCUGGCAAGCGCCAAGAGCACAUGUGAGUUUGCAGAGACUCUAGCUCGGGAGGGAGGCGACUACGAAGUUGUGUCUUUCUCACAGGAUAUGGCAGCGAGAUUGAACGAGUUGACUAAACCACCCGCAGACAAAGUGGACUUUAAACUGGCAAAUAUCACAAUUGAUUACUCUGUCAUGGGGAAUAAGUUGACCAAGAACAGUCCUAAAACUGCUCAAUACAGUCUACCAAAGGCGACGGAGAGGGAGCUGUGUUCUCUGCUGAAAAGUUCGCGACAAAGUGUGGCGAGCUCAAGAACAGGACGCCCUCCGAGACUAUCUGAGGACAGUGUGUUAGGAAAUGUUAGCAGAAUGGUGAAUGGUGAGUGGUAA